AUGUUACAUACCAUAUUGCUACUAUCAUCGCUUUGCCACGUACUCGAUGAUAAAACUAUAAAAUUACUGGCUAACGGUUGUGAAGAAGUAGUUGUGAAUCCAAAUCAACAAGCUCGAGGUCGACCAGUUGGUUACAGAGAGCGUGGCCGUAGUGUUGGUUCAGUGGGCCCAAUGAGAUCAGAAAAACGAUCGGCUGAUAAGUCACCUUACUCUAGCGGACCUUAUUUAUCACCUCCUCCGCCUGAUACCAGCUGGAGGCGUACUCAUUCAGACUCAGCUUUACAUCAAAGUGUGUCGCAGAGCAGUUCUACUGAAUCGUUGGCUCAUCUACAUAGUCCUGGAUCUCAGCGCAGAACCUUGAUUGAUAACCAGCAGUAUGAUAAGAAAAGGUAUUUGUCAGCAUCACCGGAUAAAAGACCUAGGUCUUGUUGUGACGUACCUAGAGUUCCUGGAAUUCACGUUUUUACCACUCAACAAGAACCAGGCGUUGUUCAAAUACCCAUUGGUAACAAUACUGGUUCAUUACCAGACCUCACUAACUUUCAGUUUUCUCAGCCAAUCCAUGCCCCUCUUGAUCAGGAUGACCAGUAUAACUUAUCAUCUCCUUAUAAUAGCAACAGUCCACUAACGACAGAUGGUUGUAGUCCACAAGGUUCUCAAGGCUCUCAAGGUACUCCGAGCCAGAGUCCAAGUGUCCUAUCCCCAGUAUCAAUUAACAGCCGUACACCACCUACACGGUUUUCAUUUACAAGUUCACCACCACCUGAUUCUCCUACCCAAACUACUGUGGUCACUUGUGACAUUGUGUUACCAAAUCACCUUAGUGUUCCUUACUUUAUGAACCAUAGGUUACAACGCACAUGUAAGGGAUUUACUGUAGAUAAUAGUCCAGGAAAUGGUAAUUCAGGAGAGAAUUGCAAUAAUAACAUUAAAAUGCAAAUGUUGGGUCAAAAUUCAAACAUCAACUGUGUAACUGGUCAAAUGAAUGGUAUAAAAAUGAAUCCUGUACAAACACUUAUGUAUCAGCAUAUUCCUUUGUCACCAGUACAACAACAAACUCACCAGUCGUGUGGUCUUGUUGAUGGUCAAACUGAAAUAAAUUCCUCACAUUUAAAUAUAGGAAAUUCCCAAAUUAACAAUAUAAAUACAUUAGGAUCAUAUAGAAAUCAACAAUCUAACAGGCCAAGUCCACAAUCAUCUCCAGGGCUUACAAUUCAAUAUGGAAGUUCCAGUCCAUUGUGUGGCAGUCCACAAAGCCCAUCCUCCCCUAGCAGUUCUUCAGUUAGUAGCACUAAUCAACAUCAAAACUAUCAAACGCAAAAAGAUUUUUAUUCAAAUCUGACACAGACUAACAAUCUUCAACACCAUUUUGAAAAUUUCUCUAUGCUGGACUGGAAUCAGGUGAUGCAAUCGCUAAAAGAUUCAAAUCCAUCAGCUUGGAUAACGGCCGAAAUACAGCUUGAUAGUCCUGUAUCUACAGGAUUGGAAUACAUAGGCUCUCCCACUAACACAUACUUGCAACAGAAUGAGGAAUAUGUGAAUUCAGAAAUGACAGCUGAUAUGGGAUAUUUUAGCACUUCACCAUCUCAGUCUCUCCAAUUCCCCAACCAAACUCAUACGACACCUAAUACUCCUUCCAGUAUUCCUGACAUAAUACUUACAGAUUUUUCUAAUGGAGAUCAAUUGGAUAACCAAAACGAUUUUGUGAAAGAAUUAAAUUCCACAAACGCGUUUGAUACUGACUUCUUCACCAACGAAGACAGCAUUAGGCAGGGUCUUGUUGAUCAGAUUGAUUUAGAUCACUUGGAACAUUUACAAAUGUUAGCUGAACCAAUCAAUGAUGAAUCAACUAACAACGACCACAAUGGUCACUUUCAAAUGUAA